AUGGCCACUGCGCGUUUGCGCCGCAAGGCCUCUCGCAUGGCACUAUCCCCUGAUGUUGCAAAACACACCUUGAAGAAACCACGCUCUGAGCGUGCUGGGCCUUUUGCAGGAAUGAACCAAACCCAAGCCCGUAUUCCAGAUACGCCACGAUCCCGAUCCCAAGCCGCCCUCAGACGUUCCGGCGAUGACAGCAAGUCCAACAAACCCCAAAGCCCCUUGUACAAGGCGUUGAAGAUGCAAACCACGUUGUCCCCUGUGACCUAUGGACGUCGAACCGCUACCAAAUCGAAAAUCGCCAACAUCACCAGCUUCGAUCACAUGCCUCUCCUCCCUGCUGUGCGCCAAUCAAUCUUUACCCAGGCUCUGCCCAAUCUCACGGAGGUUGUCCCAACCCCAAUUCAAAGACUUGCCAUCCCACAACUUCUCAGUCAGAAGCCGAAUAAGAAGGUAGCCAAGGCGGUGGAUGAUGAAUUCGAUUACGAUCAGUUUCUUCUUGCUGCGGAAACGGGAUCUGGGAAGACACUAGCAUACCUUCUCCCCGUGGUGGAUGCAGUGAAGCGUGAGGAAGCACUCGAUUUGCAAGAAGAGAAGCUACAAGAGGAACAGAAGGCAAGGGAGCGAGAGGAGAAAUUGAAAAAUCGGGAAUAUGACGUGGAACCUGAAGUAGCUCCUAUGACCAACGAGGGUCGCCCGAGAGCCAUCAUUCUCGUCCCGACGUCAGAGUUGGUGGCCCAGGUUGGAGAGAAAGUCAAGGCUCUUGCGCAUACCGUCAAGUACCGAUCGGGUAUUAUCUCCUCAAACCUAACCCCCCGCCGCAUCAAAAACACCCUUUUCCACCCGGACGGCAUCGACAUUCUUGUCUCAACCCCUCACCUCCUCGCAUCUAUCGCCAAAACCAAUCCCUAUGUCCUCAGCCGUGUUAGUCACCUUGUUCUUGACGAGGCCGAUUCCUUGAUGGAUCGUUCCUUCAUUCCCACUACCAUGGAAGUUGUGGACAAAGCAGCACCCUCGCUCAAGAAAUUGAUCUUCUGCUCCGCUACCAUCCCUAAAAGUCUCGAUACUCAGAUCCGCAAACGGUACCCCGAUGUCAAGCGCCUGACAACCCCAAACCUACACGCCAUUCCCCGUCGUGUUCAGCUGGGUGUGGUGGAUAUUGACAAGGAGCCCUACCGUGGAAACCGGAGUCUUGCCUGCGCUGAUGUCAUCUGGUCGAUUGGCAAAGCAGGUGAUGGAGCUGAUGGCGAAACCUAUGGUCCCGUUCUCUCCAGAUACAUGGGACCCAAGGUCAAGAAGAUCAUUGUCUUUGUCAAUGAGCGAGAGGAGGCGGAUGAGGUUGCGCAGUUCCUUCAGGCCAAGGGUAUCGAUGCGGUCUCCUUGUCUCGCGACUCUAGCUCCCGAAAGCAACAAGAAAUUCUGGCUGAGUUCACCGAUGUCGACCAGCCUCCAAGCUCCGAGGAUAUUCUACUCGCGAAAAAGCAACACCGCAUGGAAAAGGAAAUCCCCUUGGAGCUCCCUGACAGCAGAUCCGAAAGGAUCCGUCGUCUUCCCAACACCAGAGUUCUCGUCACGACAGACAUUGCCUCUCGAGGUAUUGAUACUUUGGCGGUGAAGACUGUGGUGCUCUACCACGUUCCCCACACCACCAUUGAUUUCAUCCAUCGUCUGGGUCGUCUUGGCCGUAUGGGUAAGCGUGGUCGUGGUGUUGUCCUGGUUGGCAAGAAGGACCGCAAGGACGUUGUUCGUGAAGUCCGUGAGGGCAUGUUCCGUGGACAGGCCCUGAUCUAG